AUGCAUCCCCUCCUUUUUCUCGCGUGCUUGAUCUCGAGUGGCUUGGCAUCUGCAACUGUUUCCGCCAUGAUCACAUCAACAUCUAGCUUCCCACCUCGAUCUACCCAGUCUCACUCUACCACAGCAGCAGUUCAACUCACUCAGGUCGUUCGCUGGGGCCAAGCGGAUGCUUGUGCCCAAAGCUGCGUAAAUGGAGCAAUCAGUUCAUUUUCCAGUUAUCUCUCUUGUCAAGGCGACAAUCCAGCAGCUUGUUUAUGCUCCAGCGUUGACAACAUCGCUGCAUCUGCUCGUAGCUGCGGCCUAGUCUCUUGUCCAUUAUCGACUACGACCGCCGACAAGCAGCCGGACUACAUAGAGGCCAAAAUGAUCGCUUACGACUAUUGUUCUAGCAAUGGACAAUAUAGAACAGGAUUAGCGGCAGUUGUCCUGACCACACCAAUGACAGUCAGUUCCGGCCAAACUUCGCAAUCUACUCUCCAGGCAACGACCUCACUUCUCACAUCCUCGAAUCUUACGUAUACGAACCCUACAUCCCCGAAUACCACAUCUGCGGAGCCUUCUCAUAACUCAGGCACCUCUGGGACGACAGUGAGCAACUGGAAUAAGUUUGGUUGGCAACUCACUCUGGCGAUUUGUGUUGCUACAAUCAUAGUUGCGAUAUCGUGGUGGUUCUGUGUUUGGAAGCGCCGCAAACCGCCUGGGGACACUGAAAAGGGGAUACCAAGGUCCAGAUCCUUGAUUCAACGAUUUAAGUUCAAUUCGUGGUACUGCCGAGGUUACGAUAUUUGGCAAGACGGACAACAGCCCACACAUGGAUUCAAAAUACUGUUCGAUACUGGUUGCCACGGUUCUAAUUGGAUAUCGCCAAACAUAUUCGAGAAGCUAGAAGCUAAAGCUGCAGAUCAUGGACAAGAGUACUGCUUUCAGGAUUUCAAUGGAAAUAGUUUCUCCGCUAAAAGGACAACCCGGCUCAACUUCCAGAGGGCCGGAGUUCCCGAAGCUAAGGUAUACAGUGCCGACUUCUUCAUCGCCGAUCGCGACACCCACUUUGAAAUAAUGCUUGGAGCAGACGAUCUUCGAAAUUUCAACCUUCUGGCGCAACCAGUAUAUCCGCUGAUCCCAGCGGAACCUUCUAAGAAACUCGCACCACAGAAUCCCAAAAAAGCGGAGAAAAACAAGGAGGCCGAGAAGCAUGAGCGUGGCAGGAAGAAGAGGGAAGAGAAGCAGAAGCGGAAGCGGAAACAGGAACAAGAGACGAAGGAUAAAAACGAUAACGGUAAUCAAAAUGGGGAACCUUCCACGGGUAGAUAA